UGCGUAUUCCUCAUUAGAGUUUCGGUUUUACUGCUGUGAACAAGCAACUCAUCGGACAAUAUGAAACUCUUCCUGGUCGCUUUUGCCGUGAUCGCAGCCGUGGCUGCCGAUGUCAGCCACCUGCCCUCCAACGAGUACCUGCCUCCCGUCCAGGAGCAGCAGAUCAUCGCCGGACCCACCAACGAGUACCUAGCUCCCUUGGAGGACCAGACUGCCCCAGCCCAUGAGCUGGCCGAUGAUGGCUACCGAUACAAGACCCACAAGCGCGUGGUGGUCCGCCGCCAUCGCCGUGACGUCAACGAGCUCUCCAACGAGUACCUGCCCCCCUUCAAUGCUCCUUCCAACGAGUACCUGGCACCCGCUCAAAGUGCUCCUGAGACCAUCUUGGCCAAUGAUGGAUACCGUUACAAGACCCAGAAGCGCGUGGUUACCAAGCGUCACCGUCGUGAUGUGAGCCACUUGCCUUCCAACGAGUACCUGCCCCCUGUCCAGGCUGCCGCUCCUUCCAACGAGUAUCUGCCCCCGGUGUCCGCCCCCCUGGCCGAUGACGGUUACCGUUACAAGACCAAUCGUCGCGUUGUCUAUCGCCGUCACCGCCGUGACGUCAACGAACUCUCCAACGAGUACCUGCCUCCCGUCCAGGAGCAGCAGAUCAUCGCCGGACCCACCAACGAGUACCUAGCUCCCUUGGAGGUCCAGCCUGCCCCAGCCCAUGAGCUGGCCGAUGAUGGCUACCGAUACAAGACCCACAAGCGCGUGGUGGUCCGCCGCCAUCGCCGUGACGUCAACGAGCUCUCCAACGAGUACCUGCCCCCCUUCAAUGCUCCUUCCAACGAGUACCUGGCACCCGCUCAAAGUGCUCCUGAGACCAUCUUGGCCAAUGAUGGAUACCGUUACAAGACCCAGAAGCGCGUGGUUACCAAGCGUCACCGUCGUGAUGUGAGCCACUUGCCUUCCAACGAGUACCUGCCCCCUGUCCAGGCUGCCGCUCCUUCCAACGAGUAUCUGCCCCCGGUGUCCGCCCCCGUCCAGGUUGCUGCCCCAGCUCCCGCUCAAGUUCAGUUCGCCGCCCCCGCUCCCGUCGUGGUUGAGGCUGAGCCCGCCCAUGAGCUGGCCGAUGACGGUUACCGUUACAAGACCAAUCGUCGCGUUGUCUAUCGCCGCCACCGCCGUGACGUCAACGAACUCUCCAACGAGUACCUGCCCCCUGUCCAGGCUGUCGCUCCUUCCAACGAGUAUCUGCCCCCGGUGUCCACCCCCGUCCAGGUUGCUGCCCCAGCUCCCGCUCAAGUUCAGAUCGCCGCCCCUGUCCAGCUGGCCGCCCCCGCUCCCGUCGUGGUUGAGGCUGAGCCCGCCCAUGAGCUGGCCGAUGACGGUUACCGUUACAAGACCCAUCGUCGCGUUGUUUACCGCCGCCACCGCCGUGACGUCAACGAACUCUCCAACGAGUACCUGCCUCCCGUCCAGGAGCAGCAGAUCAUCGCCGGACCCACCAACGAGUACCUAGCUCCCUUGGAGGUCCAGCCUGCCCCAGCCCAUGAGCUGGCCGAUGAUGGCUACCGAUACAAGACCCACAAGCGCGUGGUGGUCCGCCGCCACCGCCGUGACGUCAACGAACUCUCCAACGAGUACUUGCCUCCCGUCGAGUACCUUGCCCCCGUGGAAAACACCGUCGAGGCGGCCCAUGUUCUGGCUGAUGAUGGAUACCGCUACAAGACCCACAAGCGCGUUUUGUACCGCCGCAACUAAAUCAUCCGAUAAAGGCUUCACUUGGUGAUUGAAUCGUGCUCAUUUUGGAGUGCAGACCCUACUAUUAGAAUACCUCUUUUUCAUUCAA